AUGGCACGUUCCCCGGGUCCCCGCCAUGUCCCAGCUGUACCUGGCACCACCACUCUCUCUGGCCUCACUCCAGACUCUGUCAUCAGGAUGUCCUGGCCUCACUGGACACUCGUCGCCGUGGCCGUGGCUGUGGGCACCCUGCUCACCCUCUGCCUGCUCUGUGCCACCUGGUGUUGCUGCCAUCAUCGUCACAGCAAGAAGCCCAGAACCCAGGAGGUUGUGGACCUUGGCAGCGCCCGUGGCACCACCUCUACCCACCUGGUGCAGCCGGAUGUAGAUGAUCUGGACAGCGCUUCGGGCAGCUUUCCACCUUGGGGCCGCCUGCUGCUUUCGCUGGAGUAUGACUCUGGGAGUGAAGAGAUCAGGGUGGGCCUGAUGCAGGCAGUUGACCUCAGAGCCCCAGCGCCCGGAGGAUUGGCCAACCCCUAUGCCCGCAUCAGCGUGUCCACCCAGGCCGGGCACAGCCAUGAGACCAAAGUGCACAGAGGCACGCUCAGCCCCCACUUUGAGGAGACCUGCUGCUUCCAGGUCCCGAAAACUGAGCUGCCUCAGGCCGCCUUGUGUGUGCAGGUCCUGGACUUCAAGCGCUUCUCCUCUCACACCCUCCUUGGUGAGCUGCACCUGCCUCUGGCUGCUGUGGACCUGCAGCAUGUCCUGGAGCUCUGGCAUGAGCUCGGCCCACCAGGCAUGGCCCAGACCGAGCAGACAAUAGGAGAGCUGUGCUUCUCUGUGCGGUACGUGCCUGGCUCUGGCCGCCUGACUGUGGGGGUACUGGAGGCCCGAGGGCUGGACUCAGAGCAGGCCGAGUCUUAUGUCAAGGUCCAGCUCCUGCUGCACCAGAGGAAGUGGCAGAAGAGAAAGACCGCUGGGAGGAAGGGCACAGCCCCCUACUUCAAUGAAGCCUUCACCUUCCAUGUGCCUGUCAGCCACAUGCAGAGCGUGCACCUGGCGCUGGCAGUCUGGACCCGAGGCCCACAACUCCGGGCCGGCCCGGUGGGCAAGGUUCUGCUGGGUCCCCGGGCCUCUGGCCAGCCCCUGCAGCACUGGGCUGACAUGCUGGCCCAUCCCCGCCGGCCCAUCACCCAGUGGCACCGCCUAAGGCCGGCCAGGGAAGUAAACCAGGACCUGGCCCUGUGGCCCCGCCUGCGGCUGCCCCUCCCACACUUCUGA